AUGGGAGUUCUCAAGACGUCUGUACAUUGCCUCUUUUGGGUGAACAUGUUGGAUGAUGGUACCUCUGGCAGCAACAGGAUACGGAUCUCAAAGCAAGAAGGCUGUAUGGUUGGCUCAAUGGUAUGCGUGGUAUUGGAUCUACAAAGCGAAACCUGUGAAUUAACGAGACUUACAGUGAAACAGCAGCAAGACAAUAUGGAUGGCAUGGAGAUACGGCUUUAUUUGAGGCAAUAA